GUCGGAGGCACGGCGCUGCCGGAGGAGCGCACCCGACACGCUCCCCGCCGUCGCUGCCGCCGCCGCUGCUGCUGCUUCUGGCGUGGUGCUGCUGCUGCUGCUGCCGUUGCUGCUGUCGCUGCUGCCGCUGUCGCCGCUGCUACUGCUGCUGCUGCCACUGUGCCUUUGCUGCUGUAUCCCCGUUACCGUCUCCACAUGGCCAGACCUCGAGCAGUGUGGCUGGGCGGACUGAUCAUCGGAGGACUGCUUCAGGUUCUGCCGUUAGCGGACGCUUUAUUCAACGGUGGAGAGCCUACCUCAAGUGACCGUCAGUCCUCGAACUAUGGCCAUGACACCAUUGAACAAACAACCAAACAACUACAUGACCUCAUGGAGGCGGGCCGGAUCGGCAAGAACCUCAGGGAGUGCACCGCCUCGACGCACGUGGGCGGCACGCCGGCCGACCUGAGCCAGGCCGAGCAGAUCCGGGACACCUGGCGAGACCAGCAGCUGGACGACGUCAUCCUGAAUCGCUACGAGGUGCUGCUGUCGCAUCCCAACACCACCGAGCCGAGCAGGGUGUAUCUGCUGGACGGAGGCGGUAACGUGAAGUUCACCUCGGCUCUCUCGGAGGAGGGGACAGAGUGGCAGGAGGGAGAUGAGCUGCCCGCCUACCUGGCCUUCUGUCCCUCCGGAGACAUACGCUCGAGUGAGCUGGUGUAUGCCAACUACGGUCGGCGCGAGGACUUCCAGCUGCUGCGUCAUCUGGGCGUCUCGGUCCGCGGCCGGCUGGUCAUCAUGCGCUACGGGGCCAUGUUCAGGGGCAACAAGGUCAAAAACGCCCAGGAGGAGGGGGCCAUCGGCGCCAUACUCUACUCUGACCCUGCCGACUACGGUAACCCGGCCAACGUCAGUGACGCGUACCCGGGCUCGUUCUGGCUGCCCGACUCGGGAAUUCAGCGGGGCACCGUCACCUGGCGCGACGGCGACCCGCUCACCUACGGAUACCCGGCCACAGAGGACGCCUACCGUGACCGGUCGCGACCUCCGGCCAACCUGCCUCUGGGACCGUGUCACACUCUGAGCGCCAGGGACGCGCACAAGCUGCUCAGUAACCUGGGAGGCCCCGAGGCGCCGGCGGCCUGGCGCGGCGCUCUGCGCACCACCUACCGGCUGGGACCGCAACUAGCUCGACCUGACUGGUCAGUCCGUCUGUUCGUCAACAACAUGGAGCGGGUGAUGCCCACCUACAACACGCUGGGCUUCAUCCGCGGCAGCGUCGAGCCAGACCGAUACGUCGUCCUCGGUAAUCAUCGGGACGCCUGGUCGUACGGCUCUCUGGACCCGUGCUCGGGCACGGCCACCAUGAUGGAAAUGGUGCGCGCCUUCAGCCUGCUCAAACAGAACGGUUGGCGUCCGCGCCGGACGCUGGUGUUUGCCAGCUGGGGCAGCGGCGAGUUCGGCUACUAUGGCGCCACCGAGCUGGUCGAGGAGUUCAUCACGCUGAUCGGCGGACGCACGGUGGCCUACCUGAACGUCGACCUGGCCAUCAUCUACACGUACAACCUGUUCGUGGUGGCCACGCCGCUGCUGCAGAACGUCACCGCCGAGGCCGCCAAACAGGUGGCGGCGCCGGAUCCGUCUCUCGGUUUCUCCUCGCUGUACGACCACUGGCGCAGCCGCGAGAAGGGCGACCUGUUCAGCUAUAACCUGGGAUCGCCGAGCGAACACUGGUCCUUCUACCAGCUGCUCGGCACUCCUAUCGUCUACAUGAUGUGGGAAAUCGAUUACGACCGGUGGAACUGGGUGGACUUUCCGCUGUACCACACGCCGUUCGAGACGUACGAGGCGAUGCAGCACCUGGACCCGACGUUCGCCUACCACCUGGCGCUGGGUCGGCUGUGGGCGGUGGUCGGGCUGCUCCUCGCCGACCGGCCGCUCCUGCCGCUGGACGUGAGGGAUGUGAGGAAACCGCUGCGGCUUGGACUGGACCAGCUCACUGCAGCACACGGCGACUUCAUGAAGGCAUACAAUGUCUCACUGGCCGGUCUGGAGCGGGCGGUAGCGGCGUACGAGGAGGCUGCCGAACAAUUCCACAACGUCGCACACUCGGGAGAACCUCUGAGCGACCUCCACAUGCGACAGCUGAAUGACCAGAUGGUACUGGUGGAGCGAUCGUUUGUGGAUCCCAACGGGCUGUUGGUGGACGACCAGAAUCGUAACGCCGUGUUCGGCACCGAUCCCGACCACGAGUACAACGGCCUGCUGUUCCCGGACGUGGCCGAGACGCUGGCGGCGGCGCGCCUCCAGCCGCACCAGGCCGAGCUGUGGCGGCGCGUGCACCGCGCGCUCGCCGCCGCCGUGUUUGUGGUGAACGCCGCCGGCGCCGCGCUGCGCGAGCCCACACGGUUCGCGCGGCCCUGGGAGGGGCCGGGUGGCCCGGCGGCCGGGCACGGGCAGGGACGGGACGGCGGCGACUGCAGGCUGAGCCACUCUGAGCUGUAGGUGACGACCGAGACCGGAGGACGAGAUAAAGCGGUGUGCAUUUGAACCACACCAGUCGAUGGUUAUUCACGUUUUGAAGGGAAACCAGAGAUGGCGACCGAGGCGAGGCUUGACCCUGUUUUAUGACAGCUGAAUGUAUGUUGAUAAGUGUAACUGUAUUCACCAGUGUGUACCAUUUACCUUGACGUGCGCUUGGCGUGUGUACACUGUGCCAUGACUGUGGGGAAUCGUGUGUCGACUAGAAGCUGAUGACCUGGCCGAAGGACUUACGAGAUGUACUGAUGGAACGAUCCGUAUGUGCCAUGUACAUACGCAACUACAUACUUAUCAGUAGUGCGCCCUUAUUCCGUGCACCUGUAUAUUUGAUAUUGUAUAUGCCUUUAUACUGUAUAGUGCAUAAAGAACAUAUCUUUAGUACAACCCUAUACAAUGAGAAUAAUAUAUGCAUCGUUGAA